AUGUGCAUGAAAAAUUGUUUCUGGAAAAAUGUGUACGUACAUCGGGAACUGAGAAGAUUGCGAAAAAGAAAAAAACUAAAACAACAACAGCUCAUUGCAUGCUUUUGGUAUAAAUUUGUAUUGAACAUUUGCAAUACAUAUGCGCUACACAAAUGGGCUGGUAGAACGUUGGUGGUGGCACAAAUGGCAUCUAUACGAUGCAAAGCACACGCAAGAAUUGUACCAUAUUUGGAAGAGUUCACUUUUGAAUUGGAAAAUUGGAUAAAACGUGACUGA